AUGGCGGCGCCUCCGGCCACGGCUCCCGCGACCUCCCGGUGUCUGCCCGGUGCCAAGCCGCGCUGGGCUGCUGAGCGGAGCUCCGGCUCGUUUGCCAUCUCGGCCCCCGCGAUUUGCCUCCGGCAAAGUGGGAGCGGCGUCCUCAGCGUCCGUGCCAAGGUUGCCUCCGGCGUGCAGAGGGCCAGCAUUGUGGAUGAUGGAGCGGAAAGGCCGUGGAAGCUCAGUGAUGCUCGUCUUGUCCUGGAAGAUGGUUCGGUGUGGAGGGCCAAGUCUUUUGGUGCUUCAGGAACACAAGUCGGUGAAGUUGUUUUCAACACAUCACUGACAGGCUAUCAGGAGAUUUUGACUGAUCCAAGCUAUGCUGGUCAAUUUGUCCUCAUGACCAAUCCUCAUAUUGGGAACACUGGCAUUAAUCCUGAUGAUGAAGAAUCAAACCAAUGUUUUCUUGGUGGCCUAAUCAUAAGAAAUCUAAGCAUAUGUACUUCCAACUGGCGAUGCAAAGAAACACUUGAAGAGUAUCUGAUUAAGAGGAACAUCAUGGGAAUAUAUGACGUGGAUACACGUGCUAUAACACGAAGGUUAAGAGAAGAUGGUAGUCUUAUUGGUGUCUUGAGUACUGACCAGUCUCAGACAGACAAUGAGUUGUUGGAAAUGGCCCAAAAGUGGAAAAUUGUUGGAGUGGAUUUGAUUAGUGGUGUCACAUGUGAUGCUCCAUAUGAAUGGUCGGACAAGACCGAUUCAGAAUGGGAGUUCAAGAGGGAUCAGUCAAGUAAAACUUUUCAUGUGGUUGCCUAUGACUUUGGUAUCAAGCAUAAUAUUUUGAGACGAUUGACAUCAUAUGGAUGCAAAAUAACAGUUGUUCCAGCAAAUUGGCCUGCUUCAGAGGUACUCAAUUUGAAGCCUGAUGGUGUUCUUUUUAGCAAUGGUCCUGGAGAUCCAGCUGCAGUUCCCUAUGCUGUGAAGACAGUACAAGAAAUAAUUGGGAAGGUUCCUGUUUUUGGCAUCUGUAUGGGCCACCAAUUGAUUGGGCAGGCUCUUGGUGGGAAGACAUUUAAAAUGAAAUUUGGUCAUCAUGGCGGGAAUCACCCUGUCUGUGAUCUCCGUAGUGGACGUGUAGACAUAAGUGCACAGAACCAUAACUACGCAGUCGACCCAGAAUCACUUCCAGAAGGAGCAAAAGUAACUCACGUCAAUCUCAACGAUAAUAGUUGCGCUGGCCUUCAGUACUCCAAGAUGAAGCUUAUGUCUCUCCAGUACCAUCCUGAGUCUUCCCCAGGUCCGCAUGACUCCGACACAGCCUUCGAUCCACGUCUGACAGACUAUGACACACUGCUGGAAAAUAUUCAUGGUCUGAAGGAAGGAAGGUCAGUUCAGGUUCCAAUAUAUGAUUUCAAGUCGAGCUGCCGGACCGGUUAUAGAACAGUUGAUGUCCCUAGCUCCCAAAUUGUUAUCAUUGAAGGUAUUUAUGCACUGAGUGAGAAGUUACGGCUUGUGAUGGACUUGCGUGUUUCUGUCACUGGUGGUGUCCAUUUUGACCUAGUGAAGAGGGUUUUAAGGGAUAUACAGCGAGCUGGCCAGGAGCCUGAAGAAAUAAUUCAUCAGAUCUCUGAAACGGUUUAUCCAAUGUACAAGGCUUUCAUCGAACCAGAUUUGGAGACCGCACAUAUUAAGAUCAUCAACAAGUUCAACCCAUUCUCAGGGUUCCAAAAUCCUAUGUACAUUCUAAAGUCACCAAGGUCUCUAGCACCUGAGAAAAUCAAGGCUAUGCUUGGUGAUGAUCAUACGGAAAGCAAUGAAGAAACUUAUGAUAUAUAUCUACUUCCACCUGGUGAAGACCCAGAAGCCUGUCAAUCUUACUUGAGAAUGCGGAAUAGGGAAGGGAAAUAUAAUCUAAUGUUUGAGGAAUGGGUGACCGACAAUUCUUUUAUCAUAUCACCAAGGAUCACUUUUGAAGUCAGUGUACGUCUUCUUGGUGGUUUGAUGGCAUUGGGAUAUACUAUAGCAGCUAUACUGAAGAGAAGCAAUCGUGUUUUUUCUGAUGGCAAGGCAACUGUUAAAAUUGAUUGGCUGGAACAACUUAACAGACAGUAUAUACAAGCGUUACCAGAAGAUUUGAAGACAAAGCUCAUCAUCGAUGAUGAGCUGGUCUCAAGUCCAAAGGAAGCCUUUUCUCGUGUUUCUGUUGAUCGGAGGAACAAGCUUAUGAAGAGUGGCCUAUCUCAAUCAUAUUCAACGCAUGGAGACAAAAAUAUUGUGAAAUUGAGUAAACUAACAGAAACCAACACGAGGUUUGGUGCAGGGGUGCAAUCACCCAGCUUUCAGAAUAGAUAUCAACAUUGA